UUGAUAUUACUAUAUACUUUCACUUUCGAAAUUUGGCUGUGGUUACAAAACGUGAUCGGUGAUGAAAAUACCAGUUACCUUAGAAUUUAGUGGUGGAGCAGAAUUGUUGUUUGACAAAGUGAAAAAGCACAACAUAGAACUGCUUUCUGAUGAAAAGAAAUGGACAAUUGGAAACCUAUUGCCAUACAUCAGGGAUAACUUACUAAAAGAACGCCCAGAAUUAUUCAUGCAAGGAGAGACAGUGAGACCCGGGAUUCUGGUAUUAGUCAAUGAUGCAGACUGGGAACUAUUGGGUGAGCUUGAUUAUGAACUUCAACCAAAUGACAGAAUUGUUUUUAUUUCCACGCUGCAUGGAGGAUGAUUAUCAUUUAGUGAUGUGAACUGACUUUGAUAAAUUGCCAUUUUAGAAUACCCAAAACAGCAUUACUGGAAUCAACAUGUGCUGAUGCAUGUACUUUAAAACAAAUAUGAAGCAAUGCAUGUAUGAUGCUCAGCGAAAAACACACUGCUCUCUAGCUUUCCUGAGCUGAAAGCUUGAGUGAACUUUUCCGAUUGAAAUUUGUGGUCAUGUAGUCUGUCUGUCUGUCAUCGUUAACUUUUCACAUUUUCUACUUCCUCUCUUUAAAAAUCUUUUCAAGAACAAGGAUACUAUGUCAAGCAUCCUCAGUUAGUGUAUUAAGUUCAAGUUUUUUAUACCAUGACCCCUGGGGUCAGGAGGGAGUUCACAGUAGGAAUUUUAAUUUUACUUAAAAAUAUAUUGGAAUUAAAAAAAGCAUCUUCUCAACAACCACAGGGGUACAUCAUGUCAGACUGCUAUGUAAACAUACUUAUGUAAUGUAGAUUAAGUUUGUUUCCCCCAUGACCCCUGAAUUCUGGAUAUGAUUGUACUUGGGAUUUAAAGUUUUACAGAAAACUUCUAAAUUCCAAAGGGCUCAAUUUAUUAAAGUAAAAAAAAACUUUUCAUAAAGUGUAGAUUAAACUUGGUCACACCUGACACAUGGGCCAAGGGUGGCCAUGGUAGGGGUAAAGGGAUAAUACCAGAGAAGUAUGGUUGAAUAUUUUCUUCUUCAUCUAUAUAAAAGCAUCCUCAUGUAGUGUGCAUUAAAGUUUGUUCACACCGAGGACAUAUAAUUGGGGAUUUAAUGUUUUGCAUGGGAAGAUGAAGUAGCUCAUGUCAGGUGAGUGAUGUGGUCUACAGGCCUAUUAUUUUCUUGUGUCAGAGGAUGAUUAAAAUUUGUGUCAUUA